GGCUAAGGGACCAGGAGACCCGCUCCGUCACAAGCGAAGCGCUAGGAAGCCGGAGUCAUGACGGGCGAAGUACUUUCUGAGGUUCAUCUAGAAAUCAAUGAUCCAAAACUUAUCUCACAGGAAGAACCCGAUAGUCCUUCAGACAGUGGACAAGGCAGCUGUGGAACAAUUGUGCCCUUGAGUGAUGGAGAUUCAGAUGAAGAGAUAUUUGUGAGUAAGAAAUUGAAAAGCAGGAAGCUGCUACAAGACAGUGAUUCUGAAAGAGAGGACACAAAUGCUUUUCCAGAGAAAACUUACGACAGCGUUGAGGAGGAAAAUAAAGAGAACUUAUAUGCCAGAAAAAAUGGAAAAGUCAGAAGGAUUUACAAAACUCUGGCAGACAGUGCUGGAAGUGACAUUGAGGAGUCUUUGUAUCAGGAAAAUCUUGAAACCCAGGUGACGCCUUGCUUAGAGCUGAGUCUCCAAUCUGAAAACUCUGUGGACUUUACAGUUGACAGAAAGAUUUCCAAAAAACCCAAACAUGAUAAAGAAAGAAUGGAAGGAAAAGCAAAAGUAAAAUCAAAGAGAAGACUUGAGAAAGAGGAAAAAAAGAUGGAAAAAAUCAGGCGGCUAAAAAAGAAGGAAACAAAAAAUGAGGAAGAUGAUGUGAAACAGCCAUUUAAUGAUAGUGGCUGUCUUCUUGUGGAUAAAGACCUUUUUGAAACUGGAUUGGAGGAAGAAAAUAACUCUGCAUUAGAAGACGAAGAGUCAUUAGAAUCGAUAAGGGCAGCUGUGAAAAACAAAGUAAAAAAGCACAAGAAAAAAGAGCUGUCUUUGGAGAGUGGGGUCUAUUCAUUUGAAGAAGAAACUGAGUUAUCGAAAGGCACCAUACGGAAGGAACGGAAGGCAGCCAAAUUAAGUAAGGAAGCGUUAAAAAAACUGCACAGUGAAACUCAGCGCCUUAUUCGAGAAUCUGCACUUAAUCUUCCGUAUCAUAUGCCAGAGAAUAAAACCAUUCAUGAUUUCUUCAAACGUAAACCUCGACCCACUUGCCAGGGAAAUGCCAUGGCGCUACUGAAGUCAUCUAAGUAUCAGUCAAACCAUCACAAAGAAACCAUAGACACUGUAAAUACAAGUGAGAUGAAUAAUGGCCACCAUAACAAAGAUUCUGAGCAGACAGUGUGUGUGGGACAUGAACUGGAAAUUAACGCACUCCCUGCAGUUUCAAAGGAACCCCAGAUCACUACUGGAUCAGGGGAAUCUUGUAGUAAGGAUAUAAUGGGAAGUGAAGAGCUAGAAAUUCAGGAGAAACAGAAGCAGGGUGAUGGCAGACCUCCACCUGAGGACAGCUCAGUGGCACAUCAGGAAUCCAGCUUCCUCGGGAAUGAGGACAAUGAGGUGUGUCAGGCUGGAGGGCUUAUGGCACCUGAACCUCGUGCCCUGGAGGGAGAAGAAGGCCUGAAAAGAACAGAAGAAGCAGAUGAGAAGGUGGAAGAGCCCAGGCAGCAAACUAAAUCAGUAGCUGUGCCACUUGAAAAAGCAAGGAGGUUCACUCUGGAUAGACUUAAGCAACUGGGAGUAGAUGUUUCCAUUAAACCUCGGCUGGGUGCUGAUGAAGACUCCUUUGUGAUACUUGAAGAACCUGAAACCAACAGAGGUGAAAAGCUUCAGGUGCUGAAAGCUAAGCUGCAGGAAGCAAUGAAGCUCCGUAGGCUUGAGGAGCGCCGAAAGCGCCAAGCAUUAUUUAAGUUAGAUAAUGAAGAUGGAUUUGAAGAAGAGGAAGAGGAGGAAGAAAUGACAGAUGAGUCUGAGGAAGAUGGAGAAGAGGAGGAAGAAGGAGAUCUAGAGGAAGAAGAGGAAGAAGAAGGCAAUCAGGAGGUUGCAGAAUUCCUUCUCAGUAGUGAAGAAAUAGAAACCAAAGAUGAGAAAGAAAUGGAUAAAGAAAACAGUGAUGGCAGUAGUGAAAUUGGCAAGUCAGUUGGCCUUCUCUCUGUCCCCAAACCUCUGUCAUCUGAUUCUACCUUACUUCUAUUUAAGGACAACUCUUCCAAGAUGGGUUACUUUCCUAGUGAAGAAAAAUCAGAAACAGAUGAAAUCUCAGGCAAAAGGCCUAGCAAACUGGAUGAAGAUGAUUCAUGCUCAUUGCUAACAAAGGAGAGCAGCCACAAUAGCAGCUUUGAGCUGAUUGGCUCCACAAUUCCGUCCUAUCAGCCUUGCAACAGACAAACAGGCCGUGGGACCAGUUUUCUCCCCACAGCAGGAGGAUUCAGAUCUCCUUCCCCUGGGCUAUUUCGAGCCAGUUUGGUCAGCUCAGCUUCUAAGAGUUCAGGAAAGCUGUCUGAGCCUUCACUUCCCAUAGAGGAUUCCCAGGAUCUGUAUAACGCCUCCCCAGAGCCUAAGACACUUUUCCUGGGAGCAGGAGACUUCCAGUUCUGUUUAGAAGAUGACACUCAGAGCCAACUGUUGGAUGCAGAUGGGUUCUUAAAUGUUAGAAACCACAGGAAUCAGUACCAGUCUCUGAAGCCUCGAUUGCCAUUGGCCAGUAUGGAUGAGAAUGCCAUGGAUGCUAACAUGGACGAACUAUUGGAUCUGUGCACUGGAAAGUUCACAUCUCAAGCUGAAAAAACUCUGUCCAGGAAGAGCGACAAGAAAGAGAACCUGGAGGAACUUCUGAAUCUUUGUUCAGGAAAAUUCACUUCUCAGGAUGCCUCUACUCUGGCUCCAUCAGAGUUAAAUAAGCAAGAAAAGGAGAACAGUUUGGGUGAUCCCAUGGAAGAAGCCCUUGCUCUUUGCUCAGGCUCUUUCCCCACAGACAGGGAAGAAGAAGAAGAAGGGGAAGAGGAAGAAUUUGGAGACUUUCGGCUUAUCCCAAAUGAUAAUGAGUUUGAUAGCGAUGAGGAUGAACGCAGUAACUCUGAUAAUGAACAUCUGGCACUGGAAGACCAUGAAGAUGAUGAUGAAGAGCUCCUAAAACAGUCUGAGAAGUUGAAAAGGCAAAUGAGAUUGAAGAAAUACCUGGAGGACGAGGCAGAAGUGUCAGGGAGUGAUGUGGGAAGUGAAGAUGAGUAUGAUGGGGAAGAUAUUGAUGAAUAUGAACAGGAAGAAAUUGAUGAAGUACUUCCUUCUGAUGAGGAGCUGCAGAAUCAAAUCAAGAAAAUACACAUGAAAACGAUGUUGGAUGAUGAUAAGCGACAGCUACGUUUAUACCAGGAGAGGUACCUUGCUGAUGGGGAUCUGCACAGUGAUGGUCCUGGACGAAUGAGGAAAUUCCGAUGGAAAAACAUAGAUGAUGCUUCCCAGAUGGACUUGUUCCACAGAGACUCUGAUGAUGAUCAGAUUGAAGAGCAGCUUGAUGAGACAGAAGCCCAUUGGAGGAAGGAAAGAAUUGAAAGAGAGCAGUGGCUUCGAGACCAGGCACAGCAGGGGAAAAUUGCAGCUGAAGAAGAAGAAAUUGGGGAAGACAGUCAGUUUAUGAUGCUAGCCAAGAAAGUUACAGCCAAAGCACUACAGAAAAAUGCCAAUCGCACUGUGGUUAUUCAAGAACCAAAGUCUUUACUCAGAAAUCCUUUUGAAGCCAUCAGGCCAGAAAGUGCUCACCAGCUGAAGACAGGCUCACUGCUAAACCAGCCCAAAGCCGUGCUUCAGAAACUGGCUGCCCUCUCUGACCUCAACCCCAGUGCGCCCCGAAAUUUAAGAAACUUUGUCUUCCACACACUUUCUCCUGUUAAGGCUGAGGCAGCGAAGGAAUCAUCUAAGCCUCAGGUAAGGAGAAGGGGUCCAUCUUUAAUGACAUCCCCUUCACCUAAGCGCCUCAAAACAGAUGAUAGUACUUCAGGAUUGAAGCAAAGCAUCUUCAGAUACUUGGAAAGCUAA